AUGGCGCAAGCUCAGGACAAGACGAGUACCGUGAACGUGAAGCUGCUGCUAAUCGGCAACUCGUCUGUGGGCAAGAGCAGUCUUUUGCUCAGGUUUUCGGACGAGCAGUGGCUGCCAGAGGAUGAAGCGAGUGCGACGAUUGGUGUGGACUUCAGGGUACACAAGAUGGAGGUCAAGGGGAAGAAAGUGAAGCUCAGCAUUUGGGAUACUGCAGGCCAGGAGCGCUUCCGGACCAUUACAUCCUCGUACUACCGCGGCGCGCAGGGUAUCAUUCUCGUAUACGACGUUGCGAACAGGGAAUCAUUCGAUGCGCUUCCACGUUGGUAUUCAGAGCUUGAGACGUACGUCUCGCCGUCUGUCGUUAAGAUCAUCGUAGGAAACAAGGUCGACAAGGAAUUCUCGCGGCAGGUGUCCCACUCUGAGGGGCAGCAUUUCGCAGAAAGGAUGAACUCGCUAUUCUUCGAAGCAUCGGCGAAAACGUCGAUAGGUGUCCGAGAGGCUUUCCAGGAGGUCGUCGAGAAGAUCCUCGAUACCCCGGAAUUAUGGGCACCGCUGGGUCAUAAAGCACGCGGAGUCAGCGUCGGAGGGAGUGGUGCCGAUAGCAUGCCCGGCAGCAUCAACCUCAGCCGAACUGAGAGCGCAGGCGAUGCAGACAGCGGAGGUUGCGCAUGCUGA